AUCACUAGUUUAUAACAUUUUUAAGUUUCAAUCAUAAUAACAGAUUAGAAUAAGAUCAUUGUCAACAAGUCUCGCUUGGUUGAUCUCAAUAACAGUGUUUCAUUGCCUUCGAAAGUAAAACGUUAUAGUUUUCCAAUUUUACUAAAAAUAUUUCAAGAAACAUGACUUACGCUGGUCGAGUAAUUAUUUACGGAGGAAGAGGAGCCCUAGGAGCUAAAUGCAUUUCUCAUUUCAAAGCAAAUAAUUUCUGGGUAGCAUCUAUCGAUUUAUCAGAAAAUACAGAAGCAGAUUUAAACAUCUUGGUAAAAAAAGAGGAAUCCUUACAACAACAGGAAUCUUCAAUUUUAUCUCUUGUUAAUUCAUCUUUGAAUGGUUCAAAACUUGAUGGAAUCUUUUGCGUUGCUGGAGGUUGGGCUGGUGGAAACGCAUCAUCAGAUUUAAUCAAGAAUACUGAACUAAUGUGGAGCCAAAGUGUGUGCAGUUCAUUGAUUGCUGCUUCUAUAGCAGCACACCAUUUGAAAGAAAAUGGAAUUAUCCAGUUAACUGGAGCCAAAGCAGCUUUAGAAGGAACUCCAGGUAUGAUUGGUUAUGGUUUGGCCAAAGCUGCAGUACAUCAUUUGACGAAAUCGCUGGGUCAAAAAGACAGUGGUCUUCCGAAUAAUGCAGUGGCUGUUGCUAUUCUGCCAGUGACUUUGGACACACCCAUGAAUAGAAAAUGGAUGCCGAAGGCAGAUUUCUCCACAUGGACUCCUUUGGAAUUCAUUGCCGAUUUGUUUGUCCGAUGGGCAUCUGGUAAAGACAAACCUCUAACGGGUAGUUUACUAAAGUUAGAAACAAAAAAUCAUCAGACUGAUGUGACUCCAAUCUAGAAUUUUAUUCAGAUUAACUACCUGAUUGAACAUGGACCAACGCAAAGCUCUCUGAUAUUAUUUUUAUUUAAGAUUCAAUCUGUAAUCUCGUAAAAACUUGGUUGUUUGAUAUUGUUGUACUGUUUUACAUUUUAUAUAAUUGUUUGAAAUUGUACUUUACAAUUUAUUUUUUAUGAAGUUAUUUUUGAAUAAAAUAUUUUGAUGUUGCA